AUGGGAAUAAAUCAUUUACAAGUAGAAGAUAUCCUUGUUUUGACAGAGGAAGAAGAAACAUCGCCGUUGUUUGUGAGACCUCGUUCUGUUCAACGUUUUGAGGUUCGUAAAAUACUGUGUAAUUUUCCGAGUUAACUCAGCGAUGUUUAUUCAGUAAGAAGCUUCCAUUGUACUCUAAGUAUUGAUCGUUUAUGAAUAGCUUGAAGCUACGUUGGAAGAUUUCACCCAAAUUUUUAAACGUUGACAAGUACUAAUCAGUUCGAAAUUUGAGAGAGGAACUGUAGCUCUUCAUACAUGCUGUCCUUCUUGUUUAUACGCAGAGUUACAGGUUCGUGCUUGUCGAGUUCGCUUGCGGCCAGGCUCGCGGCGGGAAGAGCACAAAACCAAUUUUAAUUUGGAAACAUGUUAAUUAUGUGGUUUACAAUUCCUCCCAGUCAAGCCAAUUUUAAGAUAUUUUAUUAUUACAAGAUCUUCAACUCGUACUGCUUCGAUUGAUAUAAAGGGGGAAGAAAAGGGGGACGGGGGAGGGAGGGGACAGUCCCAGUUUCUACUCGGUUCGUCUCACUUGCGAGUUACGAAAAGUUACGCAGCCUACGUAGCAGGCGCNCAGUAAGAAGCUUCCAUUGUACUCUAAGUAUUGAUCGUUUAUGAAUAGCUUGAAGCUACGUUGGAAGAUUUCACCCAAAUUUUUAAACGUUGACAAGUACUAAUCAGUUCGAAAUUUGAGAGAGGAACUGUAGCUCUUCAUACAUGCUGUCCUUCUUGUUUAUACGCAGAGUUACAGGUUCGUGCUUGUCGAGUUCGCUUGCGGCCAGGCUCGCGGCGGGAAGAGCACAAAACCAAUUUUAAUUUGGAAACAUGUUAAUUAUGUGGUUUACAAUUCCUCCCAGUCAAGCCAAUUUUAAGAUAUUUUAUUAUUACAAGAUCUUCAACUCGUACUGCUUCGAUUGAUAUAAAGGGGGAAGAAAAGGGGGACGGGGGAGGGAGGGGACAGUCCCAGUUUCUACUCGGUUCGUCUCACUUGCGAGUUACGAAAAGUUACGCAGCCUACGUAGCAGGCGCCACUUAUAUUUUUUUGGGCCAUGCGAGGUGAUCACGCGAGUGGGAGAGGAGGCCUCCUCUCCUUUUCUCCCCGCGCGCUACCUCGAGAUUUCUUCUUGCACCAUGACAAAACCCGGCGCCUGCUAUGCAGGCUAGGACAUAGGCAGACCACCAUCUCUUGGUGUGGCCUUUAUUGUCAUUGAAAUCUGAACAUCGAGAAACGAAAAUACAGGUGAACAUAAGGCGGCUACAAUAUUGAAAUCAUUAUUUUCAGAAACAAUCAUUUGUAUCUUAUAGAAGAAAUACAGUGUAGGAAAAGGAUUCACUUUUACUGACUUCCGGUAACAACGGCCACGCCCAAACAGAGGAGUGGCUUGCCUGUGGUUUAAUUUUUUUUUUCCCUUACCUAUAUGCUCCCGGUGAUCCUCAUCGUGAGGGGUGUGAGCAGAACGGGUAGAUCUAAAUUUUGGAUAUGGCCGGAUCAGGAUAUGUGGCAGCAAUCUUGCCACCAUUAACUAGGAUUAUUGUUUGGUUACUGUCUUCCUCAGAUUUUUCCAGGACGCAUUGGAAUCCAAUGGAAGGUCCUCCGUGUAGUAUUUUCCGCAUUGUAUCCAGUCGCUCACGCAACCAUUGUCGUAUCUCUCAUCUCGUUCUUUGUCACAGCUUUCAGCUUCGCCAUCAACUGCGCGUUGGAGAUAACCUUCGAAAUGAUUUCACCAUUAGGAGACGAUGACGUGACUGAUCAGACAUUUUACACCUUCUGUAUGUUUGUACUUCUCUGUUGUACGCUGUUUUUAGUUUGCCUGGUAUGUUCCCUCUUUUGGGAAAUCAUAAAAGUGACGGUAGUCAAGCGAACGCUUAAAUUCCGAGUCGCAAAAGUGACGAUUUUAAUGAUAAUUCUGCUAAUCGCUAGUAUUUACGCAGGUUGCGCUAAACCGAAUUAUGGUGUCUUAGGAUUCCUUGAAAGUUGUGUCGUGGUUUCCUGGUUUGCGGCGUUCGUACUCGCAGUCCUGGGCUCGAUUGGCCUCCUUGCUUUUUGCUACAGAGAACAAAGCCAUGAACUCUACGCCGUAGCACUUCUUCCAAUGUGCGCGGCGUUUCUCCUGUUUUCAAUUCUCUCCCCAGUUUCCUUUACUCUUGUGGGCGCAUCGAAAGCUGCGGUGUGUUUUUCGUUUUUUUAUCCUUUUUCCACCGCCUGCCUUACGUUGUACGUUUGUUUUCGAGGUUGCAGACGACCGAACGGUGAAUACUUCAUCAUAAAAAAGCGGUUCGCCUUUCUGUUUGUCAUUGCGUACAUUGGGGUCAUCGUGCUAACUCUAACAUCUCGCCCUCACUCUGACGGUAAAGACUCCUGUUUCCCAUCGCUGAAUAACCACACCAGAAUGAGUAAUGAUUUUGGUAGCAAAGCAGAAAGAAGCUCUCUCAGGUACCCAAUCUGUGGAAACACUUGGACUCCCUUGCGUCUGAACAUCGCAGAUAUUGCUUAUCUUUCAUCCGUCGCUUAUCAAGACAAUUUGACCAAAAAAGACGUCAAUCAGUCUGUUAACACGUAUUUCUCCAAUCGAGGAAUCCAGUGGAAUGUUACGUACAUAUCUCAAAAAAAUCUUACGUUUUAUCACGUGUUCGAGGCCACAGAACGAGUUCACGUUAUCAGCAUACGAGGAUCGCAGAGCACUGGUGACUGGAUUAAAAGCCUAAAAUUAUGGAGCGAGAUUAUUAGUUACCAGAUCACCGCGGUGGCACUUCCGGUCCAGACACUUCCGUUAAGCUUCGUGACAUCAUUCGUGACGGCUGCGUCUUUCCUGGAGCGCCUCAUGCACCACAAUCGCGAAGAUUUUGCUUUUAGUUCAUUGGAAUCAUAUUUGAGUAAGCGCUUAAUCAAUAGAACAGUUGAUCGUGAUAUCAGUAUCAUACUAACAGGGCAUUCACUCAGUGGUGGUUUGGCAAAAAUCUUGGGAAGCCGACUCAAAAUCCCAGUGGUAUCGUUUUCGAGCCCCGGUGAACUUCAUAUCCAUGGUAAGAUGGGUUUUACCUUGGACGAACUACAGCGUUACACCACGUCGGUUGUGUCACGCAAUGACGUGGUCACGUGGAUUGAUCGUCACGGUGGACUGGUCCAGUAUAUUGGCUGUAGCGCACAAAGGAACGUACCAUGCCAUAGUAUUGUUAACAUCUACUGCGAGUUGAAGGAAGGGUGUGGCUUUGAUAGUCCUAUCAAGUGCUAA